AUGUUCGACGUUGUUGUGGUUGGCGCUGGUUUCAGCGGUCUCCAAGCAGCUUAUUCGUUGCAGCAAGCUGGUCUGUCCGUUGCAACAGUGGAAGCUCGCGAUCGCGUCGGAGGCAAAAGUUGGAGUGUCAGUCUCUGUAGUAUUGAAGGGACGGCUGAUUUAGGUGCUGCCUGGGUUAAUGAUACCUUGCAGCCUAGGAUUUGGUCCUAUAUCAAGCUCCUUGGGCUCAGUGACUCAGUAGUAAGCCAGAGACUGGGCCACAAAGGGGUUUUCAUACAAGAGAAUGGCGAAAGAAGCCUUUUCGAUUUUGGUAUGGCUCCGGAUGUGAGUGGCAGUAUUGAUGAGCCCGAAAAUAUACUCACGAACUUCUUGCUAACCACCCUCCACAAGUUUCCUACCGCGGAGAAAGCAACAUUCGAACGCAUACGCAAUCAUAUCCAAGCUGAAUCAUUGAAGCCCAAUGGCUUGCGACCAGAGGACGACGGCAUCUCGCUCGACCAGUACUGCCGUAAUCUUGGUGCCGGUUCCUUGACAUUGUCCAUGAUCAACCUUUGGGUUCGUGUUAUGCACGGUCUCGAAUCAACUGAGGAGUCAGCAGCAUGGUUCAUAGACUAUUGCCGGUCUAAUCGCGGGCUUUUCGCCGUCCGUGCUGAUGAUUGCACUGGGGGGAACUACUUGCGACUUCCACAAGGUACUCAAGCCAUCGCAAAAGGUAUUGCGGGCCUUAUACGGUAUGAAAAUAUAAGCCUAUCCCAGCCGGUAGCUUCCAUCGAGGACAAAGGUUCUCACGUCGUCGUCACUACGGCAGCAGGCAAGGACUUCAAAUCCAGGAAGGUGAUCGUUUCUAUCCCAAGCAGCAUGUACAAGGAGAUUGACUUCUUACCUGCCUUACCCCCACGUGUGCAGGAACUAGUCUACUCCAACAGGCUUGGACACUACAACAAGGCCAUAGUCUUCUAUAAAACACCGUGGUGGCGGGGUCUGGGCUUCAACGGUUUUGCAUUGAGUUACAAAGGCCCUGCUUGCGUGAUCCGCGAUACCAGCGUUGACGAUCACGGCAUAUGGGCGUUAACAUGCUUUGUUAAUGGCCGUCCAGGCGAAGAAUGGAGUAGGCGAAAUGCAAAAGAGCGCAGGAAGGCUAUCCUGGAUGAACUGGCCGAGAUAUUUGGGAUGAGUAUCGAGUCUGAGUGCUAUGAGCCACUCGAAUUCCGUGACCAGAUCUGGCAACACGAACAGUUCAGUCGUGGAGCACUUUGCCCGGUCCACCAGAUCGGGAACUACACGAAGUUUGCUGACGUAUAUGGAAAACCGGUGGGUAAUAUCCACUUUGUUGGUACUGAGUUUUCUAAGGACUGGAAAGGAUAUAUGGAAGGUGCCUUGGCCUCUGGUGAGCAGGGUGCCGGUGAAGUCAUUCGUGCUUUGAAGGAGAGCACCACUGGGCUGUAA